AUGGCAACCAUGCUUCAGAAAUCUCGAAAUAAGGCCAAGAAGGACAGCUCCAUCAGGAAUCCUCAAGUUGUGAGAACCAACUACACGUCCAAAACCGUCUCAAUCCCCAGGUCCUUCUUGUCGCCCCUCAGAGACCCCUCCAUCAUCGAAGUCAACCAAAUCGACUUCGCCAACACCCCGCUCCCGCAAUAUAAAGGCCUCUACGCCGUCGUACUCGACAAUGUCCUCUCACAGUCAGAAUGCGAUGAAUUAAUCCACAUGGCGGAACAAUCUGCAGGGGGGCAUGACCCCUCGGAGCCGAUGGAGAAUAAUGGGUGGAAACCAGCCAUGGUGAACGCCGGCCGGAAUCACGAGUUCCUGGCACUGGAUUAUAGGAACUCGGAUCGCAUCAUCUGGGACAAUGAAGAGAUUAUGAAUCGACUUUGGAAGCGCAUUACGCAGGUUAAGGAAAUGAAGGAUUAUUUUAGUGUCAUGGAAGGGGAGAAGUACGGUUCGAUUGUGGGGGACUGCUUGGUGAUGCAGGAUGGAAGGUGGGUUAUUGCGCCCAAGGGACCGAAUGAGAGGAUGCGAUUCCUGAAAUAUGGCGCUGGGCAAUUUUUUAGACCUCAUUGUGAUGGCACAUAUGAAACUCCCGAUGGGCAACAGCGCUCUUUCUUCACGUUGCAUUUAUAUCUGAAUGAUUCGGCUCAAGCGCUUGGAAUCAAGGAGCCUAUGUUUGGAUUCCGCAAGGGAAAGAAGGCCGAUGGAGAAGAAGAGAUGCUUCGGGGCGGCGCAACUACGUUUCAUUCCAUGGAUAAGAAGAAACGGCUGGAUGUUGAUCCUAAGGCGGGCCGAGUUUUGAUCUUCCAGCAAAGUAGACUAUACCAUUCUGGAGAUGACGUUACAGCUGGGAUCAAGUAUACCGUGAGGUCGGACUUGAUGUACCAAUUUGAGGCUGAGAAGGAAGAUGGGGAAUGA